UUGGAAGUGUGGUGUAAGACUCAGCACCACCCUUUUAUUUGGUAUAAAUACGAGAGCAUGAAGCUUCUGUCUCAUCCACAAACUUGCAUCCUUCACAAGACGUCUUUUAAAGAAGACAUUUCUUGCUACCUGCUUCAUCAGUUCCUUGUUAAGAACAAGAUGUACAGUAUUGUUGAAGUUGGUGGAAAUGGAGGAGAACCUUUCAAUUUUAAUGGCCAGGAAAAUGGAUCCUUGUUGAAAAAGAUCCAGGUUUGGGAAGGUGAUUCUCAGAUAAAAGCUGUGAUGGUGGUUCUUGCUGAUAACCGGAUAGCACAGUUUGGUAUUCCUGCUGGGGAACUGCAAGAGUUUACCUUUAAAAAUGAUGAGAUAUUCGACUCCCUUUCACUUUCGCCAAAUCAAGAGGGUACUCAUCUGGGUGCCAUCAAAUUCAGUACAAAUACUGGGAAGCAGUUCUUUGCAAGCAUGAAAAGUGGUAAGCUGAAGCCAGAAGUACAAGUUGAUGUUGCCUCUGGGAAAUGCAUUGGAAUCCAAGGACGUUCUUCAUCUGGCAUUGAUCGUUUCGGCUUCAUGAUGCUCAACAAGUGAUACCAAUGUGGUGUAUCCCACCAUUUCUAUAGUCUCACCCAAAGUGACUAAUCACCCAAAUCUCAUAUAUUAAAUCAUUUGAAUCAUUAAUGUUUGUGUUUGAGGUUAGCUUCGUUUGAUUGAUUUUCAUAUUUACUUUUCAUAAUCGAUUCUUUUGGUUGUUUUUUUUUCCCCCAAAGCUGUAAACCAAUAAAAAAAAAGUGUUUUGAUUUAUUUUGCUGGUUCAGACAAUUUUUUCUGCUGGUCUAAUAGUGGUGCAAGACUAAGACAUUUCAUUUUGUUAUUUUUAGCUCUAGUUUGACUUUAGCUUUGUGUAACAAUUUGAUUCUUUUCUUUUGACAUUUUCAGAUCAUAAUCUGUUAUAAUUUCCAUCAAUAAAAUCAGUCUCAAUUGAAA